GAUCCGUCAGAUCUGUUCACCGGAGGUACGUACUUCUUCUUGAUUCACUACUCUCUGGAUUAGUUUGUGAGAAUAAACGACGGGUGGGUCUCUGUUGGAAGCUGAGUUGGAUGUAGAGAUCAUCAGACCAUGGCUUAGAGAAGAAGAUGAAGAUUAUUGAAUCGUUUUACUCCAGUUAAGGUGUGGAAGCAGCAUAGCAACUCAUGGAAGAGAUUUCACCGGCAGUUGCACUGACUUUGAGUUUAGCUAAUACGAUGUGUGACUCUGGUAUCUCAUCCACUUUAGAUAUCUCCGAGCUGGAGAAUGUUACUGAUGCAGCUGACAUGUUGUCUAAUCAGAAAAGACAAAGAUAUAGUAAUGGAGUGGUUGAUUGUAUGAUGGGAGAUGUUUCAGAAGAACCAGAAGAGAAAACUUUAUCUCAAGUGAGAAGCUUGUCUUCCGAUUUUAGUGUAACUGUCCAAGAAUCAGAAGAAGAUGAGCCAUUAGUAUCUGAUGCCACUAUUAUAAGCGAGGGUUUAAUAGUUGUGGACGCUAGGUCUGAGAUAAGUUUGCCAGAUACAGUUGAAACAGAUAACGGCCGAGUUCUUGCUACGGCCAUUAUCCUAAACGAGACAACCAUAGAACAGGUUCCCACUGCAGAAGUCCUUAUUGCAAGUCUGAAUCACGAUGUGAAUAUGGAGGGGGCAACUUCUGAGGUAGUCAUUAGGUUGCCUGAAGAAAAUCCUAAUGUAGCAAGAGGAAGCAGGAGUGUCUAUGAACUAGAGUGUAUACCUCUUUGGGGAACGAUUUCAAUUUGCGGUGGAAGAUCUGAAAUGGAGGAUGCUGUUAGAGCUUUACCUCAUUUUCUCAAAAUACCCAUCAAAAUGCUUAUGGGGGAUCAUGAAGGGAUGAGUCCAAGUCUCCCAUAUCUCACUAGUCACUUCUUUGGUGUAUAUGACGGCCACGGAGGCGCUCAGGUUGCUGACUAUUGCCAUGAUAGAAUCCACUCUGCUUUGGCUGAAGAAAUCGAACGGAUUAAAGAGGAAUUGUGUAGGAGGAACACUGGCGAGGGUAGGCAGGUCCAGUGGGAGAAAGUCUUUGUAGAUUGUUACCUAAAGGUCGAUGAUGAGGUUAAAGGGAAAAUCAACAGACCUGUUGUUGGUUCUUCUGAUAGGAUGGUUCUUGAAGCUGUUUCCCCUGAAACCGUCGGAUCAACUGCUGUGGUUGCUUUGGUUUGUUCAUCGCAUAUAAUAGUCUCAAACUGUGGUGACUCUAGAGCAGUUUUACUCCGAGGCAAAGGCUCUAUGCCUUUAUCAAUUGAUCACAAACCAGAUAGAGAGGAUGAGUAUGCAAGAAUAGAAAAAGCUGGAGGAAAAGUUAUACAAUGGCAAGGCGCUCGUGUUUCUGGCGUUCUUGCCAUGUCCAGGUCCAUUGGUGAUGAAUAUCUGGAGCCAUAUGUAAUACCAGAUCCCGAAGUGACGUUUAUGCCACGAGCUAGAGAAGACGAGUGUCUUAUAUUGGCCAGUGAUGGACUUUGGGAUGUAAUGAGUAACCAAGAAGCUUGUGAUUUUGCGAGGAGGCGGAUCUUGGCUUGGCACAAGAAGAAUGGAGCAUUGCCUUUAGCUGAGAGAGGUGUAGGGGAAGACCACGCGUGUCAAGCCGCAGCUGAAUAUCUCUCCAAACUCGCUCUUCAAAAGGGAAGCAAAGACAAUAUCUCAAUCAUAGUGGUCGACUUGAAAGCUCAAAGAAAGUUCAAGACCAGAUCUUGAAACAGUGUACGCUCAAGCUCUUACACUAUUAUAAUUUUAUUAUUUCUUAUUUUUUAGAAAUUUCCACAAGUUUACAUAAAAAUAAGAAGUGAAAUGUUGGGGGAAGAAGAAUUAAGACCUUGAUGAUGCAUAGCUAAAGUCCAUUCCUUUUUCUCAUGGACUUGAAUGUGUAUGUUUGUUAUGUAUAAGAAGAAUAGAGAAGAAAUGUUUUU